AUGUUCCCACAAAGGGAGUACGAAGACUAUCUAGACGGCUCCUCCGAAGCAUCAGUACACCUUCUCCCAAUAUCUCAAGAAAGGCGCCAAAAGCAUACGUCGCCACGUACACAACGCACUUUCUACAUUCUCCUCGCAUUUGCUGCCAUAUGCACUUCUAUAAUAUCGGGAGCAAGCUCCGGAUACCUCGCUUCUCGAACGGCACAAAAGAUAAUUGCAAACGGUGGUGGAGAUUCAGUAACACAGGGUGUGAAGCAGAGAAUGGUGAUGGUUCAUGGAGAGAAGAUACCACAUCCUUUGCAACUAAGAACUAGUGACGACGCAGUCUUAGUCGACCUAAUUCAAGAAACGUUCAUCUCAAACCGCUCAUACAUUCAACCCCCUUCUCAAGAGACCGAUGAGCUUUGGGUCAGCUUGUAUCCCAAGGAUAAACACGGGCUAUUCGAGUGGCCAGACUCUCGACCCCAAAGAACCGGGUUUGCAGGAUUUCACCAACUGCACUGUGUAGCCCUCAAAAAUUCGGAGCCGGCCCCAAGCUUCGAGCGUGAAAUUGACAUGGACCAUUCCUUGCAUUGCAUAGAAUUUCUCAGACAAAGUGUCAUGUGCAAUGCGGAUGAUAAUAUCCAGACUGAAAAUAGUUAUCAUCAGGGGAUUCUCGCGUUUGGGGUAACAUACCAGUGCCGGAAUUGGUGGACUGGGUUAACAAGAGGAAUGCUAUAG